GCACCUGUUAAACCCGUCCGCCAAUCACACGUCCAUGUUAAUGUACUCCAAGAUGGCGACCUCCACCGUUCUGUAUUAUACGGUAUCGGCAAUUGCAACAAAAGGACAUUAUUGACACACGUCAAAACUUUUAUUGUUGGUUGCUGCAAAGACAAGCCGGUUUAGUAUAUCGAAUCUGAAACGCUAAAAUCUUCUCCAAUGCUUUGUACAUUUGUAGAACUGCGCGCCGUGUUAGACUGAGGGGAUUUGCAUUAACCGAGCAUGGCCACCGACAACAUAAUUAAUUUCUGGAGGAAAAACGCGAAGGUUCCAGGAAGUAUACAGCCAGUUUAUGGAGCACAGCAUCCUCCCCUUGACCCCAGAAUCCACCGCACGUUUCCUAAAGACACUCCCAAGGGAAACAAUCUCAAGUCUAAAAAAGCAUCUAGUUUCCACGAAUUUGCCCGUAGCACCAACGACGCCUGGGACAUUGACGACGAGGACGAUGAGGACUUGUUAGCUCCCAUUCACCCCUCAUCUCUCCCGUCCACCCUGCACUCCGUGCACCAGGUGCCUCCUCUUCCUUUACAACAACCCAGUGACACCACCAGGGAGCCAGACACGGGGCCUGCAGACCGGCUGGCUCCCCCAACAGCAGAGGGCUGUCUUCAGCAGGAGGAGGACGCAGACGGUGGACAGAUCAAUGGCAGAGUGGUGGUGAAGUCCAGCAGUGAGGCCCAGCUCAACACCAAUACAGUGCGCUCCACCCUGCAGAAGCAACAGUCUCUCCCAGUUCGUCCUAUCAUCCCGUUAGUCGCCAGAAUCUCUGACCAAAAUUCCUCGGGGGCCCCAAUCAUGACAGUGCGAGACAAGAGCCGAUUGGACAAAUUCAAAUACCUUCUGUCCUGUCCUAACACCGACCUUGAGGAGCUCCGGAAGCACAGCUGGUCAGGUAUUCCACGAGAAGUGAGGCCCAUUACAUGGAGGCUCCUCUCUGGUUACCUCCCAGCCAACAUGGAGCGCAGAGACCUGGUGCUGAAGAGGAAGAGAGAUGAGUACUUUGGCUUCAUUGAACAGUAUUACCACUCCAGGACAGACGAAACUUACAAAGACACAUAUAGACAGAUCCACAUCGAUAUUCCAAGGACAAAUCCACUAAUUCCACUUUUCCAGCAGCCCACUGUGCAAGAGGUGUUUGAGAGGAUCCUCUUCAUCUGGGCUAUCCGCCAUCCAGCCAGCGGCUACGUCCAGGGAAUCAAUGACUUGGUCACUCCAUUCUUUGUUGUCUUCCUCUCCGAAUUUGUUGAGGAGGAUGUGGAGAAUUUUGACGUAGCUUCCCUGCCUCUUAACACCCAGAGGAACAUUGAGGCAGACAGUUUCUGGUGCAUGACCAAGCUGCUGGAUGGAAUACAGGACAACUACACUUUUGCUCAGCCAGGGAUUCAGAACAAUGUGAAAGCUUUGGAAGAAUUGGUCAGCAGAAUCGAUGAGGACAUACACAACUACUUUAAGAGGUAUGAGGUGGAGUACCUGCAGUUUGCUUUUCGCUGGAUGAACAACCUGCUGAUGAGAGAGCUGCCUCUACGCUGCACCAUACGCCUCUGGGACACCUAUCAGGCUGAACAAGAGGGCUUCUCCCACUUCCACCUCUACGUCUGUGCUGCUUUCCUGAUCGAGUGGCGCAAAGAGAUCCUCUCCAUGGUCGAUUUUCAGGGUCUUCUCAUGUUACUCCAGAACCUUCCCACAAUCCACUGGGGGAAUGAGGAAGUGGGCCUUCUCCUGGCUGAAGCGUACAGACUCAAGUACAUGUUCGCUGACGCGCCCAAUCACUACAGGAGAUAGGCUUCUAUGCCAUGGUGUAAAACAGAUUCUGAUAUACUGUUAGGAGGAAUGUACGGUUUCCUUCCUCUCUUUGAUAUGACUGGCCGACAUAUAGCUUGCACACAGGUACAGAAUCAUUUGCUCAAAAUAGGAACCUUCAAACCCUAUUUCUAUUAUAGUUUUCUUGCAGGUUCUCUCUGUUUGUUAAGACUUUUAUUGGCAAGUUUCAUUCCACUGUCUCUGCAGCGUAUUAUCUCCGAGCCACUGGCUUAGACAUCUCAAUAGCAGUCUGUUACAAUUCAUGCGGUAGAGUAGUAGGUUCUGGACAAACAACACAGCUAAUCCUCAACUGACUAGGUAUCCCCCUUUCCCUUCAACCUUAUUCCUAUUAACCAUAACCUUAUGUGAGUUCUGGUAUUGGAGCUCUAUGCUGUUCUGGUAUUGCAGCUCUAUGCUGUUCUGGUAUUGAAGCUCUAUGCUGUUCUGGUAUUGGAGCUCUAUGCUGUUCUGGUAUUGCAGCUCUAUGCUGUUCUGGUAUUGCAGCUCUAUGCUGUUCUGGUAUUGAAGCUCUAUGCUGUUCUGGUAUUGCAGCUCUAUGCUGUUCUGGUAUUGGAGCUCUAUGCUGUUCUGGUAUUGCAGCUCUAUGCUGUUCUGGUAUUGAACUCUAUACUGUUCUGGUAUUGGAACUCUACACUGUUCUGGUAUUGAAGCUCUAUACUGUUCUGGUAUUGGAACUCUAUACUGUUCUGGUAUUGGAACUCUAUACUGUUCUGGUAUUGCAGCUCUAUGCUGUUCUGGUAUUGGAACUCUACACUGUUCUGGUAUUGGAACUCUACACUGUUCUGGUAUUGGAACUCUACACUGUUCUGGUAUUGGAACUCUACACUGUUCUGGUAUUGGAACUCUAUACUGUUCUGGUAUUGGAACUCUAUACUGUUCUGGUAUUGGAACUCUACACUGUUCUGGUAUUGGAACUCUAUACUGUUCUGUUAUUGCAGCUCUAUGCUGUUCUGGUAUUGAACUCUAUACUGUUCUGGUAUUGGAACUCUACACUGUUCUGGUAUUGGAACUCUACACUGUUCUGGUAUUAGAACUACACUUUUCUGGUAUUGGAACUCUAUACUGUUCUGGUAUUGGAACUCUAUACUGUUCUGUUAUUGCAGCUCUAUGCUGUUCUGGUAUUGAACUCUACUGUUCUGGUAUUGAACUCUAUACUGUUCUGGUAUUGAAGCUCUAUGCUGUUCUGGUAUUGCAGCUCUAUGCUGUUCUGGUAUUGAACUCUAUACUGUUCUGGUAUUGCAGCUCUAUGCUGUUCUGGUAUUGAACUCUAUACUGUUCUGGUAUUGGAGCUCUAUGCUGUUCUGGUAUUGCAGCUCUAUGCUGUUCUGGUAUUGAACUCUAUACUGUUCUGGUAUUGAAUUCUAUACUGUUCUGGUAUUGAAUUCUAUACUGUUCUGGUAUUGAAGUCUAUACUGUUCUGGUAUUAGAGCUCUAUGCUGUUCUGGUAUUGCAGCUCUAUGCUGUUCUGGUAUUGGAGCUCUAUGCUGUUCUGGUAUUGAAUUCUAUACUGUUCUGGUUUUGAAGUCUAUACUGUUCUGGUAUUAGAGCUCUAUGCUGUUCUGGUAUUGCAGCUCUAUGCUGUUCUGGUAUUGGAGCUCUAUGCUGUUCUGGUAUUGAAUUCUAUACUGUUCUGGUUUUGAAGUCUAUACUGUUCUGGUAUUAGAGCUCUAUGCUGUUCUGGUAUUGGAGCUCUAUGCUGUUCUGGUAUUGCACCUCUAUGCUGUUCUGGUAUUGCAGCUCUAUGCUGUUUUGGUAUUGGAGCUCUAUGCUGUUCUGGUAUUGGAGCUCUAUGCUGUUUUGGUAUUGGAGCUCUAUGCUGUUUUGGUAUUGGAGCUCUAUACUGUUUUGGUAUUGGAGCUCUAUGCUGUUCUGGUAUUGGAGCUCUAUACUGUUCUGGUAUUAGAGCUCUAUGCUGUUCUGGUAUUGGAGCUCUAUGCUGUUCUGGUAUUGGAGCUCUAUGCUGUUUUGGUAUUGGAGCUCUAUACUGUUCUGGUAUUGGAGCUCUAUACUGUUCUGGUAUUGGAGCUCUAUGCUGUUCUGGUAUUAGAGCUCUAUGCUGUUCUGGUAUUGGAGCUCUAUGCUGUUCUGGUAUUGGAGCUCUAUGCUGUUCUGGUAUUGAAUUCUAUACUGUUCUGGUUUUGAAGUCUAUACUGUUCUGGUAUUAGAGCUCUAUGCUGUUCUGGUAUUGGAGCUCUAUGCUGUUCUGGUAUUGCACCUCUAUGCUGUUCUGGUAUUGCAGCUCUUUCCUAUACUGCAUAAAUGAAUGAUAUUUUAAUCCAGAGGGGAUAAAUACUUGACCAUCGGUUUAUGGUCUUUUAAAUUCAAAUUCAUACUGGCAUUAAUCAGUAUGGGUCGUCUCAGAGGUUUUAACAUGUACUUGAAAGAACUCUGAAUAGAUGAUGAAUGUUUAAGUGAUCAUCGUUCAAGUUUCAGAGAAUAUAUUUUGAGUUAUUUCGAUUUUUAUCUUAACAGAGUUUUGUGGUAGAAGCUAGUCCGCAUAUUUGACCACUUUGUCCCCACUUGUUCCCUUCAUGGCUAUAUUGAGUCCAGUAAAAGGCCAGUCUGAAUAUCUACUGAACAAAUUGUCCAGUGUAGUACAACGUGAUACAGGAGGUGUCACAGCUGUUACUAAUAGCCACUCUGUAGACCAGAAAAAGGUACUUUAUUUCAGGGCUUAUCUAUAGUGGUGCCAUAUUGAAUCACAAGGCCUCAAUGUGAAUAGGGUGAGAAUGGGGGCCGUGUGUUUUUAGAUGGUGUAUUAUUUUUAACACUUUGAGCUACAUUUUCAGUUCAUCUGUAUCUUAGGUUAUGUUUAUCUCAACUGAUUACUAGCUAUUUUGCUUUGUAAUUCUCAGGCUUAAUUUUUCACAUUCAGAUUAGUCACACUUUCUUUUUAGAUUAUUUGAAACUGUGGCACAUAUGAAAGUUACUAAAUUGUUUCAAAAUGAAGUUGUCAUUUGAAACUGAUGAGACCUUCAAGUAAUGUACAUUUAAGAGUAUCUGACACUUUACCAAAUGUAUAUUUUGUAUGUUUGCGGUGUCCAUAACAUGCGCUGAAGAUUUUGCAUUGUUUAUUUCCUCUUUCUGAAUAUAUAUAUACAAAGCAACCAGUGCAAUCUAAAUCAACAAUCUGCAACACGAUGUAAUGACCAUCCAGGAAGCUCUUCAGAAAGGAGAAAAAUGACUGUUGUACUUCCCUGUCUGUUGUUUGCAACAGCAUCUACUCUUAUUUAGUAUGUUUAACUUAAACACUUGUCUGUAAACUUUAUUAAUAUAGAAGUGAAAAUUGUGUAUAUUAAGAAUUCAAAUGUUAAGAUUUGUUUUUCAGUAAAUGAAUGUGUUUUGACUUGCCUCUGAGGGUUGUCUGAUAAUGCUGAUGUUGAUAUUCAAAGGCAACUUUUAGUAGCCCUCCCGAGUCCCUACACAGUUACUUGAUCUGUUGGAAACUGUGAUAUCAACACAGCUGUACUUCAAGUCUGUAAUGAUGCCUUUGUUAUAAGCAUUUGUAAUGCACUUUGACUAGCAUAGAAAACUGAAAUGUUAUCAUUUGCCCUGUUUUGUUUGUACAGCAUUUGUGUUUCAAUUUAAAUAUUGGGGUUAUGUAGUAGCUUACCUGCUGUGACCUCACUUAGGGGACGUAAAGCAGGAAUAGUAAUUACAUUUAAACAAUGGAAUGUGAAUAUUUAUGUUAUUAUUUUACCAACCUUCAUAACCAUUUCUCUGCUAAUGGUAUGAAAGGUUUGACAAUCAUUAUUUAGAUGUUAUAAUUCUUGUAUUGGCAUUGAGGUUCAAGUUUGUGAAAUUGACAUGUGGAUAUGGCAUUGAACAAUAUGGAGUAAAUUUGUUUUGUCAGGUUUUAGUGAUGCUAUGACAACCUAAAAAAAAAAUGUUUUAACUGAAGUUCGGGUUUUUAAUCAUCAGUACUAGGACAGGGACCUGGUGGUAUUAGACCUGUAAUGAUAUGAAUUAACUUCAUGUGAUACUGAGGAAACAGAAGUGCCAUAACUUCCGUACCAGUAUUAUUCUCAUUUUGGUUUUCAAGAUCAUCAUGUAGUUCAAUUAGGACUUUUCUGCAAUUUAAAUCAUCUAAUUUAAUCAUUCUACUUUUGAUUUCUGCAUUGUUCCCAGUGGACAUUUUACCAUGUCUUCUCAAUUCAGGGUUUUUGUAGAACAAAUUCAGACUCAUGUUCGUUGUUGGCAUUUUCAAAUAUAUAAUGAUUACUUUGUGUAUUUGAAUAUUUACCUUUCAGCCUUAAAAGUAGACUAUGCUCUGUCCUCACGUGUUUAUUUGCUCCCAAAAAUGUAUGACUUUAUUAUUUAAAUUGAAAUCAUUCUACAUUUGUAUUAUUCAUUCCAUGUCCCGUGUUGUUUUAAGGGUCAUUCAAAGGUUUCACUGCAUUUAGGUUUUAAAAACAAGAUGUACAGUAACGUAACCUGAAUUCAUUGUCUAAAAUUCAUCUGUAGUCAUUCAGUUUUCAUUUUCUUAUCUUCAAAUGCCAAACUAUUUGGCCAAUAAAUGUUUUCAAUUCAGUUGAAUGCUUCUGUAGUCAAUACUGGUUUUAGCCUUAAAUGGAGGAAAUAUUACAGUAAUCUGCUGUAUAUAAAUGUUUUGUUUAUAUUAAACGAUUGUUACCCUU